GCGAGUUUUCCAAAUCUAUUUACUACAAAAAUUUGAAAAGGAAACGCAACGUGUAAACUAUUCCACUUUUGCUGGUGUUUCAUAGUUUAAAAAUGACACGUUAACAUGGAAUAAGAAGAAGAACGUCCGGUGUCUAUAAAUGAUCAUCCCGGUGACAGCAUGACAUGAUGGGAACACUUCCUCAACAAGAUAUUUACGUGGAUAGAGAUGGUGGAGAGACUGGGCGAUAUUAUGUCACACUGGAGUCGGGGAACAAGUAUUCGUGCCACUAUGGCGACGCCAAUCCAAACUUAAUAGAUUCUCCUGCUUUUUCUGAAGAAUGUUACAACCAAAACAAGCAUGUAUUAACAGAUAUUGAAAAUAACACUGGACAAUUUCCUUACUACCGUUCCGCCAACUUAACCAGAUCACCAGGUUGUGGUCCCUUACCAAAUGUGACAUCUGGUACCGGCGAGUGGGUGUGUCCUAAAGGGGUAUCGCUAUCUUCAGUGCCAGUGUACGUGUCUUGUCUGUUUCAAUGUUUGAAUGGUACUACUAACAUCAAAGUCAGAUGCACUGAAAAACUAAAGUGGGACAACAAUUUAUCUGGUGUCUGUUCUUCAGAUGCGUUGAGUGAUAAGAACUUUGAUCCACCCUCGACGAAUUUGCCCCUGGCAAUAAUAAUGCCAAUAAUGGCGUGCCUCCUUUUAAUUUUCUUUCUCGUUCUCUUCAUUACAAAAAGACGUUUGAACAUAAAAUGCGCUAAUCUGAAGAAAAAAUUAUGCAACUCUUCAGAUACAGACAAUAAUUUUAAUGAUACGGAAUCACCCUCUGUUCUGGGAUGCGAGAAAAAACCUAGAAGUCAAAAGUGUCCGGUAAAAAAUCAAAUAGCAAACAGAACUCAUGAUGUCCAACAGCAAAAAGAUGCCUCAGGUCGAAAGGAUCUGGAUUCAAAUACCUCACAAGAGUCACAUAGAAUGAGUGAUUCUUCCAACAAUGACCUUUUGCAAACAAUGAACUCUGAAACCAGCAGUCGAUUCAGUGACUUCUGUAAUUACAACGGCGGGACUAAUACCUCAUAUCCACAGAACGAAUGGCGGGAGGAUUCUGAAGACUUGCCACCCCCUUCAUCAUUCUCAACUUCUAAUGACAUCUCCAUACCUCUAGAGAUAGAUUCACUCAAAUGUGAAUAUCUUGGAAUCACGAAAGAGAAUGUUGCAUACUUAAAGUGCCCUUCACAAAAAGCCAGUGUUAUCAAACCGGAUCCCUGCCCAACAGUUGCUGCAAUGCUGGACGGUGCUUUGGAAAACAGUGUACAAUUUGUAGAUGAUCUUUCAACCUUACUCGAUCCAGAUAAACAGUACAAAAAUAUUUGCACCUGGCAAGGACUAGCUCAGAAAUUGUUCGAUCUUCCUUAUAAUAAAAUCCUUGAAAUAAGACACAAAACAAAAGACCAUUUCAAGGAGGGCGUCUUGCCCUUGCUGAGUUCCCACGGAUGCACUAUUUAUGAUGUGACUUCUUAUUUCAACCUUGAGUCGUCACGACGAGUUGACGUAAUCGAGUGCAUUCGGCGUUAUCAUCCAAAUUGUCAGAAAUGUGGAGAAAUCUACAACAAUCUCAAACCUGAUAUGUUGUCAAAAUUAUCCUAACUCAGGAAGCUGACAAAAAUGAUACAUUACAUGUAUUUCUUAUAAUUUAAACAUUUUUAUUUAUUGUAUUAUUUGUUAUACAUAUUGAUCAGUUGACAUAAAAAUUAGGCCAGUACAAUCAA